UGCUAUCCAUCCCCCCAACUCCUCCUACUCACGCACUAUCCCACUAUUUCAAACAGCUGAUUUACAAGAAAGAAAGGGAUCAUUCGGAAGACAUGUUUAGCAGAUGAUAUAGAGAAGAGCGAUGGAAUAUAUCACAUAGCAGCUGGUUUAAUCUCUCUGGGCACUUUUCAUUUUUAGCAUUGGGUAUGAUAUGGUUAGCUUGUUAGCAAUUUAGCUAGCUGGCAACCCCGGAUAACGUUAUGUAGCUAGCGAUGCAAAACUGACUUUCGUUGUGUAAAAUCAAAAUAGGUCUUCCUCGCGCUGCGAACCACGUUGGGUGCUGGUUGUUUUUUGUUUCAUUUUCCUGGAAUCGUUUCUACUUGAAGUGUUUUUGCUCAAAGCAAAAAUAUAGGUCACGCUAAUCUGCUAGCUAAAUACCCGGCUGUCUAUAUGGGCCAUGGAACAGCUGGUUAGCAUUCGGGCUAAUGCUAGCUAGCUAACGUUCUACGAAUCUGAAUUUCAUUGAUCGACACCUCGAGCUGGAAGAACCGGGCGUUUGCUACCUUUAUUUAGCUACCUCUGCAACAGAGUGCAACUGGUUAGCUAUAUAAUAAGCGACUGUAAUUACUCAGCUAACUAGCUAACUAUAUGCAAACACAGGUGUGUGUACUUUUCGGUUUAGUUAGCUCGUUAGUUAACAUCUACCAGACAAAGGUAGCUAGCUAUGCUCGGGCAAUAAACAAAUGUAGCGCGAGCCAGGUAAUGUAACAUAGCAUUGUUAGCUAAGGGGAGACUUCUUUCUCAUUGUAAAAUUAGGCCACAUAACAUUAAAUACAAAUAUAUUGACAGUGACCGGCAUUGUUUUCCCCAGCCAGACUUGUAUUGAUUAUGUGGUCUCUGGCCAAUUAGAUAGCGUUUGUGUCUCUCUAGCUCAGGAAUUUCUGGACCCGACUGUGUUUUCGAAGACAUUGCUAACCAUAUUUAGUUUUCUGUCGUGACCUACCUCACUACAGCCAAAACUGGUGAUUCCACGACAAGAGUCUAAUAGCAAGCUAAACAACACUGCUCCUGUUAUUAUAUAGCUAGCAAGAUAGCUGCUAGCCAAUUCAGACAUUGUUUACAUUCUCCCUGUUGCAUGUUCUACAAGCAAGGAACAUAGUCAUAAUCAUGCCUGCAUAAAACAUUGAAGUCAAGCUCUUGGUUCAUGUAUAUGUAAUGCAUACAACGCUCAAAGCGAAUACAGUAUUAGACAUAGCUCCCAAACGAACUCUUCUGAUAGGGGUUUGAAAUAGAAUGGCAUUCCAUGGGACAGGCCGGCAGCAGACAGUAUGUGGUAACCUGUUCCCCGGAUCUGAGGUAGGCCAUAACAAGUAUUUUUGCGUCAACACCUCAACUGGGGCCACUUCCACGGGCCUCAUUGCAACACCGAGUCUAACUGGACCCACUGCCCCGGCGGGGACGCCUCGACACCCAACAUCUCUUGGGGGAAGCACUGGUGGCGGGGCCGCUGUACCACAGCCUCAUAGUAAUCCUGCCAGUGAAGUGCCAAGCCCUGCUGAGAUGGAGCCUGAUCGACCUAUCGGUUAUGGCGCAUUUGGUGUGGUCUGGUCGGUGACAGACCCUCGUGACGGGCGUAAGGUAGCCCUGAAGAAGAUGCCCAAUGUCUUCCAGAACCUGGUCUCCUGUAAGAGGGUCUUCAGAGAACUGAGGAUGCUCUGCUUCUUCAAACAUGACAACGUGUUGUCAGCGCUGGACAUUCUGCAGCCUCCGCAGAUCGACUGCUUCGAGGAAAUCUACGUGAUCACUGAGCUGAUGCAGAGUGACCUCCACAAAGUCAUUGUGUCUCCCCAGCCCCUCACCACCGACCAUAUCAAGGUGUUCCUGUACCAGAUCCUCAGAGGGCUGAAGUACCUGCAUUCUGCUGGCAUCCUGCACAGGGACAUCAAACCUGGGAACCUGUUAGUCAACAGCAACUGCCUGCUCAAGAUCUGUGAUUUUGGGCUGGCACGUGUGGAGGAGCCGGACCCGUCUCGUCACAUGACCCAGGAGGUGGUGACUCAGUACUACCGGGCUCCUGAGGUGCUGAUGGGCAGCCGCCAUUACGGCUCUGCCAUAGACGUCUGGUCGGUGGGCUGCAUCUUCGCUGAACUAUUGGGUCGACGCAUCCUGUUCCAGGCCCAGAGCCCCAUACAACAGUUGGAUCUGAUCACUGAUCUGCUGGGUACCCCUCCUCUCUCUGCCAUGGCAUCUGCCUGUGAGGGGGCCAGAGCUCACAUCCUGAGAGGACCUCACAAACCGCCGUCGCUCUCUGUGUUAUACAUGCUGUCGGACGGGGCGACCCACGAGGCCGUGCACCUGUUGUGUCGUAUGCUGGUGUUUGAUCCGGCCAAACGGAUCUCAGGCAGCGACGCCCUUUCCCACCCCUACCUGGACGAGGGCCGCCUGCGCUACCACACGUGCAUGUGCCAGUGCUGCUACUCGGUGCCCAGCGGGCGUGUGUACACGCGGGACUUUGAACCGCCCGCCGACCGUAACUUCAGCCACAGCUACGAUAACAGCCUGCUCUCUGUCUGGCAGGGCAAAGAGCUCAUCCAUCGCUUCAUAACAGAGCACCAGCAGGGGAAACGAGUGCCGCUGUGCAUCAACCCCCAGAGUGCCGCCUUCAAGACCUUCAUCAGGUCUACUGCGUGGCAUUCCUCCAAAGUCUCCAGGAAGGAGGAGAGGUGAAGGGGAGUAUAGUUCAUGUACAAGAGGAAUCAUGGGAAAUGACUUGCUUUGGUCAAUAUAAUCGAGAUAGGUUUGUGUUUCUCUGGAUGGAGGGGAGGUGUGCAUGAAACAGUACGCCAGCCUCUCAGAGAGAAGAACAGUGUCUGUCAGAGGAAAUGCUCAAUUUGACCAAAGACUACCCUUCAAUGAAAACUACAGUUCCAACUAUGAAAACGAUUAUUGACACUGGUGAAGACUUGACGACACCAAAGCUAUAGGCAUUUCCCCAAUGCUGAAAACUAAAACGUGCUGCUGAAUUCAAAAAAUGAAUAAAGAAAGGGGAAAGAGGAAGUGGUAGAAGAAGUUGAACAUUUAUUACUAGAAGAGUUGAAGUUGGUUGUGUUGUGCUCCAACGUGGUUGAUGGCUGAGACAAAGGAAUAGCUGUUUUAUAAAUUUAUGUUGAAUAAUUGUUCUGCUCUGUUAAUUUUGAAUUCAUUCCAGCCUCGUGCAAUAUGAUGAAAAGCGUCUAAGCAACGUGCUCCUGGUAAUACCAUACUCUCUUACCUGUGCUCUCAGUGACUUAGUCAUGUUAAUGUCACAUUGAUGACUCUACCUUUAUCAUUUAUUCUAUUUUGGUUUGAUAGUUUCACUGGACAGAUUCUCGAUCUUAGCUACGAGGAAACCUCUGGCCUUGAGCGUUGCUCUACGCUACUCUAGAAUCUUCCCUCCUAAUCUGCCCUCGUCCAUAAGACUAAACCAUUUCCUAGACAACAAAUUGGCCAGGUUCUUUGAUUGGGUGGGGCAAAGGCAGGGAUGGAGCUUCUGGGACUCGAGGCAGGUGGAUCCUCGCCCAUGUUUUAAAAAUCUUAAUAUUUUAUAUUUUAAUUUAUUGUGUGUUUUAGCUUUCUCUGUGAGUGCCGGUUCGAGCUUGAGCACGUUUUGUGCCCAUGUACUGAGUAGUAGUCUGCCAUUUCAGUGUGUGUGUCUGUGUGUAGAGUUUAGGGGAAAGUGCAGUUUUCUGCUUCAAUGAUCUCAUUACCUCAAAAACUGUUGGAGUCAAAAAGGGAACCCAGAGAGAGUCUACUGGGUAACGUGUACAUAGACCCCACUCAACUACUAUGUACUGUAACGUGAUGUCAUUCCUUUGUACUAAAUCACACUGUCCUUCUUAACCUCUCUGUCACUCCCUUCCUCCUUUCUCCCUCUUGGAGAGAGGGAUGGAGGAAGAGGGACAGAUGACAGGAAGAACAGCUUGUUGAAAUAUAUUGGUGAAAUGCUGCUGUAUUUUGUUUUCUUGUUUUGGGUUUCCUUUAUUGGUUGUUGGUUUAUUUCCAGUUUAGUUCAGGUGUUCCAUUGCAAAGACUGUGGACCCGACCACACAAAUACACACAUUAUUCACCAUUAACAGUGUGCCUCAACUCUUUUUCCCACAAAGAGGAACCGCAAAGCUCUGUGCGCUGAAGCUCUGACUGGAGCUAGGACUAACUAUAAUUAGGCUCCUGAAGACACUGUACUGUGCUAGUUGGCAUUGCCGUCAUGGCAGUGGUCAGGCCCUUGUCCCACCACCUGAUGGUGCUAUUGGAAGUGUAGGCUAGGGGGUGAUUGGGAUUGCCAGAAUGUUUCACUUAAACCUGCAUGUGUGUAUUUAUGAUAAAUAAAGGAAGAGGAUUUUGGAUUUGAAUGCAGUGCAAUGGGAGUUGUCGCCAUGGACAAACCUUCCUUGUGAUGAUGUUAACUAAUUAGAUUUUAGGGAAUAUGAAUCUUUUUUUAUUUGUAUGUUUUUGUUUUUAUUUAGUUCUGUUUCGUGAUGUAAUUCAUUUAAAAAGUUAUUUUUUGGUUUCACAACUUUGCUAUUGUUUUAGUAGAGAGCCCAAGCAGGCUGAGUUUUAGAAGAGAUCACCAGGGUCUGUCUCACUCUCCCUUACACCCUCCUGUCUUCUCUCUAUCCCCUUCACGCUGUCUUCUCGUCUCUGUUCGCCUUUAUAGCAGGGUCAAAUCCACUAAGGCCCCGAAAGUACGAAAACAGACAAACUGGGAGGGACUACUUGAGCUUGUCCAAUAAGGAACUUGUUGCAAAAUGUUUUCCUACACUGUGCUCUAAGGAAUAUGCCCCAGCUAUGCUUGAGGUAGGACAUCCUCCUCCAGCAGUUCAAUAUCAAUAGCUUAAGGCAGCUUCUUAACCUCCCCUUCUUUCCUUCAUUGGCACUGAUAGGAGAAGAGAAGACGGGGUUAAAGCAAUGUAGUAGAGAGAAGCCCAGUUGGGGAUUUGCUUUCACAUGUCCAGUUCUCUUCAGAUCUAGGAUCCAUCCCAAAUGGCACCCUAUGCCCUUUGUAGUGCACUACUUUUGAGGGUCUGGUCAAAAGUAGUGCACUUUAUAGGGAAUAGGGUGCCAUUUGGGAUGGACCCUACUGAAGGAAAGGAAGCAAGUCUGUAUCCUUUGUUCAUGAGAUCAAUAGGCACGGGAGAGAAGACUACACUUGGGAAUGUAGAUGUUAGAAAUGUUUCUGAUAAGAUAAGAAAAAAAGUGAUACUUGUGUUUUUGAUUAUUCUGAAUAUGAAACCGAUGUUGAAUACUGCUGUUUUGAAAAUGUUAAUAUUCUGUUGGUUUGUUUUCUUGUCAUGAUGUUUUAGGAAAAGUCUUUGACUUGUGUUCCCAACAAAUACUUGAAUUUCUUAAGAAAACGACUAGAGUAAAGUAGUGAAUAAAUGGAUAGUCACUGGAUAAUAUUCCUGUGUGGUGUCUGUCCGCUUAUCAAUUGGGAGGGGGCUCAAAGGGCGAAGUUACAUUGUACUGUAUCAGGUUGUUGACUUAAGGGCUGCCGCCUCAAAUUAUUAGUUAUUUUUGCUCAAUAUUGUUUGUUUUUUGGUUCUAUACUUUUUCUCGCUUUCAGAAAGUUUGGUUGUAAUGUUAUAUUUCUCUGGCAAUUUUUCAACAUGUUCAAUUUCAACAUGUCUGAAAAUAACUGGUUAUUAUGGCUAUUGCAUUAUAGCCUAUAUAUGAUACUGAGAUAUUAUAAUCAGUUUAUACAUAUGACAAGCGUGUAUUAUCCUUCAGUAAAGUGUUACCCAAUUUAUCACA